GGGUCCUGUCUGGGGAUUGGAGGUUUCCAUCUCGUAAAGAUGCGCGGGAAAAAGUAUGUUAUGUUAAGAACGUCUUUGUUUUGCUAACGUUAGCGGUCUUGUGAACAUUAGCUAUAUAUAUUUUUUUUCUCCACAAACACGAACUCAGGAUACGUGUGUCUAACUGUUUAGUUUCUGCGUGCAAAUAAAAACAUUCGUUUUUCCAAUAAUUGGGAGAAAUGGCGGUAUCUCUGUGCUACGCUAGGUAGCCACACCGAUGUAUCACCAAGCUAGCGGACUAAAUACAGACAGAUAACUGAGUGUACACGGACAGAAAUGGACUCCAAAUACCCACAUCUGGCGAGACCUCAGAAGAAGCUCCGUUACUUCCCCAAUAAAGUGAGCACAUCAACCAUGAAGGGAAAUGCCAAACUGGACAUUGACGACUCCAGUACUUGGUUCAAAGACUUGGAUUCUCCCUCUGAUAUGGGGGAAGAGCUUCCCUCUCUGCCUCCCUCUCCGACCUUCGCCCCUGUGGAGGAGGGGGAGACUGGUAACCCUGUGGAGGAGAAGGUGGAGAGAGAACCAUCACCAGUUCCAGAGACUCCGAGUGGUGAAGGGGUGCCCCAAGGAGAAGAGAUGCACAAAGAGGGAAGAGCAGAGAUCACUUUGCUGGAUAAUGAGAGCCCGUUUAAAGAGCGUGCUCCCAUGAAGACCUCCAGCCCCUUAGAGUGGCAGGAGGGGGAGGAGGUCAAGGACAAAACAGCCUCUCCAUUGCUCUUGAGCUGUGAUGAUGAUGAUGAUGAUGAUGAUGAUGAUGAUGACCACUGCCCUGUAAAGCAGCCUUUCCCUGCCCUGACACGACAGUGCAACGAACAGGCAGCAGAUGGAGGAUGUGAUGCAGUGCUGGAUUCUCCUCCCUGUCGGUUUUCUGUUGGCAAACCAAAUACCCCAGCUCACAGAAUGACGGAGGAGGAAGAGACCCCUUGGAAGUUGAGACUGUCCCUCUGCAGCACAGAGACGGAGCCAGAGGAGCCUCCCCACAGAAGCCCGUAUCCAGCAGUGGAACCCAAAGAACAACCAGCACCAGAGAAGAAGAGUCUGGCCCAACCACCAGAGAAGAAGAGUCUGGCCCAACCACCAGAGAAGAAGAGUCUGGCCCAACCACCAGAGAAGAAGAGUCUGGCCCAACCACCAGAGAAGAAGAGUCUGGCCCAACCACCAGAGAAGAAGAGUCUGGCCCAACCACCAGAGAAGAAGAGUCUGGCCCAACCACCAGAGAAGAAGAGUCUGGCCCAACCGCCAGAGAAGAAGAGUCUGGCCCAACCGCCAGAGAAGAAGAGUCUGGCCCAACCGCCAGAGAAGAAGAGUCUGGCCCAACCGCCAGAGAAGAAGAGUCUGGCCCAACCGCCAGAGAUUAACAUUCUGGCCCAACCGCCAGAGAUUAACAUUCUGGCCCAACCGCCAGAGAAGAGGAGUCUGGCCCAGCCGCCAGAGAAGAGGAGUCUGGCCCAGCCGCCAGAGAAGAGGAGUCUGGCCCAACCGCCAGAGAAGAGGAGUCUGGCCCAACCACCAGAGAAGAGGAGUCUGGCCCAACCACCAGAGAAGAAGAGUCUGGCCCAACCACCAGAGAAGAGGAGUCUGGCCCAACCACCAGAGAAGAGGAGUCUGGCCCAACCACCAGAGAAGGAGGCAACACAGGAAAGGAAAGCCACAUCCUCCUUUCUCCAGAAGCUGAGAGAGGCUGGUCAGUCAAAGCCUGCCUGUCCUAGGAAAGCCCUGGCGUCUCCAGUGAGAGAACCUCCUCUCACCGAGCUGGAGGAUGACUUCCUGAUCCUGGAGGAUGAUGGGCCUUCCUGGUUCUCCCUUCGCAGGAAGAUUGACCCCAACAGGACCACAGCCAAACCACGACCGCAGCAGCAGAACCAAUCACACAGUAGUGACAAUGCCUCAGCAGACACACUCACCAAGGCUACAGCCAAUCAGAGAUCAGGAGGGACAGACAGACCUCGGACAACUAAAGAGAAGAAGGGAAAGAAUCCUACAACCAGGAAGGAGAGGGACUCUAGUCCCCAGGGGGUAGGACCUCAGGGUGAUGGGCCUGUUAAUCAUGUUGACCUCGAGGCAGACCACAUAGAACAAGACAAGAAGAAAGUCAACAACCUGUUAUCUGAACCAACGACAGCAGGUGACCUGGAACAAGAGGCACCAGGAGGAGGGGCCAAGCCUAAACCUAGCCACACCAAAACAGAAAAGAAAGUUCCCAGAAUCUCUAAAUCCAAAGCUGGUAUCCAAGGUGACAAGGUGAACCCCAAGACGAGCCGAGGACGAGGCCGGCAGUCUGGGAAGACCAGGAGACUGUCAGGUCGAGCUGGGGAGGAGCCCGUCACCAUGGAGGAGGAGAGUGAAGCGGCUGCAGACCAAUCAUCAGCUGAAGACCAGGCGGCAGACCAGGAUGUUUCUCCAGUUCUACAGUUGGCACCAACAGGACAGAGACGAGUCAUCUCUAAGGUUCCAGCCAAUUGUAAGGCCCAGGAGGUCUGCCCCGCCCCUACUGGUGAGGCUGACUCCUCCCAGUUAGCAGGGAAGAGGAAGAGGACGAAGCCUGGUCCCUGGUGGCUCACCAGUCCUGUCAACACACAGCUCACAGAGACAGACAACAAGUCCAAACAGAAUAACAAGACUACAUCUAAACUAGCAAGACAUUCCUCUGUGGAGUCAGGGCAGGAGGACGGGCCAUCAAAACCCUUGUUUAAUCAGAACGCAAAGAAGAAACCCUCGUCCAAUCAGUCAGCAGCAAAUAAACCCUCGUCCAAUCAGACCACAGAGAAGAAACCGUGGUCCAAUCAGACUGCAGAGCAGAAAGCAGAGAAGCCCAAGAAGGGCAGACCUAAGAAGCAGACGACAGCCAGUACAGAGGAGCCAGCGAGGCCUGAAGGUCAGAGAGAAGAGGAGCCAGCGAGGCCUGAAGGUCAGAGAGAAGAGGAGCCAGCGAGGCCUGAAGGUCAGAGAGAAGAGGAGCAGGAGGCCAUGCCCAGCCCUCUCAGACAGCAUACACUCACCUCAAGUGAGAAGGUGUUUGACUGGAUCUACACCCGCACUCCCAAGUGUAAACCCCAGAGUGAUGCCACCCCCCACUCUGCUACCGUUACCCCCAGCAGGAGUGAUGCCACCCCCCACUCUGCUACCGUUACCCCCAGCAGGAGUGAUGCCACCCCCCACUCUGCUACCGUUACCCCCAGCAGGCAGCAGCACCAGGCCAGGGAUACCCCCAGCAGGCAGCAGCACCAGGCCAGGGAUACCCCCAGCAGGCAGCAGCACCAGGCCAGGGAUACCCCCAGCAGGCAGCAGCACCAGGCCAGGGAGGCUCCAGAGGCUACCGUUACCCCCAGCAGGCAGCAGCACCAGGCCAGGGAUACCCCCAGCAGGCAGCAGCACCAGGCCAGGGAGGCUCCAGAGAAACGCAGUAGCAGGAGAAGGAAAGCUCCAGUGAACUGGUGGGAGACCAACAACCCCCCAGAGAAUGCUGGCCGCACCUGUUCCUUCCCUCAACAACCCCAGCCUUACCCCAAAACACCUUCAUCCCAUCAACCCCAGCCUAACCCAAAAACACGCAAGGUGGUGAGCAGUAAGUCCAAGCCCAGACCAGUCCGGACCAGGCCUGCUAAGUCCCUGGGACCUCCUCAGAACGGCAACACAGCCUCCUCACCUCGACCUGGAGCAGUCCAGACCCUGGGACCUCCUCAGAACGGCAACACAGCCUCCUCACCUCGACCUGGAGCAGUUCAGACCCUGGUGAAGAGGAAGGACCCCUCCACUCCCAAGACGGCCAAGCGCUCUCUGGCCACCUUUGGCGCCAUCUUCUCCUCGGGCAGAGAAGCGCUCCCGGUGGCCACUGUCAGAAGCACGUUGCAGACUUCAGGGAGGAAAGCCCUAUUCCCUGAAGAGCAGUCAGCCCAGAGCCCCAGCGUCAGCCUCAGCACUGGUCCAGCUAAGGACCCCUCCCAGGACACAGCCAGUGACAGGAGCUCCAGCCCUGUGGAUCUGAGUGCCAGUACGGUCUACAUAGAGCCUGUUGGACAGCUGGGGAAAAAGACCAGACGCCGAGACUUCUCCCAAAGCAACAACCGACUCUCAGACAACACGUUAAAAGGUUUCAAAAGCGGACCGUCUUCCAUGAUUGAACUGGAGGAUUGUGAAGAGCAUGAGGACAUCUGGCUCCCGUCAUCCAGAGUGACGCCCCAUCCGUCUGUCCAUCCGUCAGUCCCUCCUGGUAUCGUGCUGUCAGAUCCUGAGGCUGUGACUGCGGCUGUUUGUGCUCCUCCUCUUAGAGCCAUCACACUGCAGCUGGAGGACAAGGCCAACCUCACCGACUGGCUGGCUCUGCUCUGGCCUGCCACCAGGAAACAGGGAGGCCAGAUCAGCCCAGAUCAUUUCCAGUGGUUCUCGUACCGAAACAGAGCUCUGGGUUACAAGAUGGACCUGCUGGCUGAAACCUUCUCUAAUGGAAAGAUCCUGCUGGGCUCCUACAUGAAGAAACCUCUGCUGGUGGACCACAGCGCUACCACUGUGUAUAACCUCCUAACCAGCUCAGUGACUGUGACGAUCAACGGCAAAGAGAACCAUUAUAACCCAGGACAGACCUUCAUGGUCCCAUGUGGCCAUGCCUACAGCCUCCACAACCUGACCCAGGAACCUGCUGCUCUAUACUUCACCAGGAUGCUGGCAGAGAGCUCAGAGUGAGGCCUGGGGACCACAGCCAGGGGUUCAGUCCAGGACGAUAGUGACAGGACAGAGACGUGAAGGAGCCUUACAGAGGACCACCAGGUACCUCAACUUAACAGAGUGAGACCAGCAGAGACGACAUGCUAGAGUGGCCCUCCUCACCCACCUCAAUGUCAUUCCCAAGGACUUAACAGGAAGUUAGAAAGGGGGCUGUGCUGUAAGUGCUUAUUGACUUGUUGUUGUCACAGGAACAUUUGUAAAUAGCAAUACUUUUGUAAAACCUUUGUUUCUAGUGCCCCCCCUACUGUGUACAUUUAAUGUGACCAAUGAAAAACAACUUGUGAAGGCUUCCGGGUAUUUUUAUUGUACUAUUCAUCUUCUGUCAACUGUUGUAAACAACAUAUCUUAUGUAAUAAAAAAUAACAAAUGUGUAAUUCAGUCCUGGCUGUGUUAGCUAGGGGGCAGUAUAUAACCUUGUUGAAUUGACCACUAAUGGGCGGUAUAUAACUUGUUGAAUUGACCACUGGGGGGGUAUAUAACCUUGUUG